AAUCCUUUUUUUUUUGUUUUUCUCCUUCGACGCACGCAUGUUGCUUAACUCGGGGGUGAAAAAUAGCGUUGAAACUACACCGAUCGGGGAAGCCAGCGAAGGAUGCGUUGAGUUCGCGCACCGAUCGCCACUCGCAAGGAUAGCAGGGGAAACGGAAGCUCGACAGAAUGGGCUCGUACUGGCUCAACGUUGCCGUUCUCAGGGUCAUCAUCCCAGUGACCUUCGCAGCUUGUACAAUAUGGCGGCCGACAGGAUUGUCGCUGAUUUACCUCGGAUUGAUGCUCUACUCGCCGAUGGUCCCGAUCGCGACAGCAGAAACGAUGAAGGGCCACACCGGAAAUUACUUGAAGGCUUGCGUAACUCUGAGCUUCCUAACGAGCCUGACCCAGCUCAUGUUUCACAUUGUACUUUUGUCCCUGCCACCGUACGGAUACUUUCUCGAGGCUUGCACAUUCCUUGAGAUGAUAUUCAGGCACCUCGGCCUGGUCAGGUUGGACGGUGCGACCGUCUGGGAAAUCGUGUUCUGGCUACUCCCCGAAAUCAUUGCUUUUCCAACCACUAUUGCGAUGUACCUUUUGUGCAAACGGACGACCUGGGAACCGCACAAAGAAGACGACGAAAGCUCCACCGUCCAGCCAGCCAAAAAAAUUCACGACGAUGCCAAUGCGAAGGUAACAAAUUUUCUCGGGACUAUCGGGACGUACGUCGUGCUGGGAUCCCUGUGCUGCGUUUCUUCGUUGACGCCCUCGGUCGAGGGGGCUUUUUACUUCAUAAUAUUCAUCGGUGCCUCGAGCUGGUGGGCCUGUCACCGAGAGCUGCGAAAAGGCUUCGCGUUCGUCUGUCGCUUCGUGAUGGCAGUCGUCGUUGUACAUAUUCUCGUUCUCAUGACUUACCAGAAUCAAUGGUCCCAAGAGUUCGUACCGGUGAACAGCACUUGGGCUCGAUAUUUCGCCCUCGAUCCGUACUACACGAGCAACUGCUCGGAUCCUCGCUACAUCGAUUACGUCGAUUCUUCCUCCGAGUGGACCAGCUACAGCCACGCUCUCGGACUCUUUUGGCUUUAUUACGUUUUGGCACUGCAGUCGCGAUUCUUGUUCAGAAAACCGAAAGCGAGCGUGCCAGCCUCAUAUCAGCCCGACGAAACGACGCCAAGAGAAAGAAAUAAAUCUGACGAGAGAAGUGUCGCGUUAACAGCAGACCCGGUGAAGCUGAUGCGCUUUGGCUCCGGACGCACCGGUCUGCUCCAAGACUCAACAGGCAGCGUCAUCGUCCAGGAUGCCCACAACGAUGACAGCAUCCAGCUACAGUCCCUCAGCGAAGGUGAAUCCGACUGGGUCUCGCCUCAUCGAGCUCCGGACGAGGGUCCCGGGAUAGUGGAGCAAGUGAUAAUGGCAGUUUACUCGAUAUUUCAGUUGAUCGUAAAUUCUUCCUAUUUAGCAACGAACAUAAUAAUGAUGACUUGGAGUAUCAUGUACCACAGUUGGACGACGUUUAUACUGCUGAUGUGGGCAUUGGUGCUGUGGAUGGUACCGAACAAGAGAAGUUCGAUGAUGAAGUGUUCGCCGUUCAUAGUUUUUUACGCGACGCUACUGCUGCUCGUUGGUUACAUUUACAGUAUGAAUUUGACGGAGGAGGAAUUGCCGACGGUGUUCCACGACAUCAAGGUCGCCGAGAUCGGUUUCCGCAAGCCCUUCGGCUCGGAUCCAGCUCCGAGUUGGCAUCAAAUCGUCAAAUGCGCCUUCACCACGAUGUUCUGGAUCACCAUGAGACAAUACAUGGCCGAGAGACAGUCCCAGAAAAGGUCCUCGGCCAUGAGAGACAUGGUCGCCCCCCUCCACGUCUCCGUUUCCACCGCCACCACCGCCAUGAACAAAGAAACUCCCGAAAUAAAAAGCCAAUUCAUGAAGGAUGUCGGACGCGUCGUGAAAAAACUGCUCAUCAAAUUCUGGAUCGCGAUCGUUGCCAUCAUGCUCUUCACCAGCGGCAUCACCGGAGAACGCAUGACCGUUUUCCGGAUCAUUUACAUGUCGCUCUUCCUCGUCUUCGUCAUCACUUUUCAGUUCUCCUGGACUGCUUGGAGGAAAAUGAUGUACGGUUUCUGGAUCACGGUUAUCGCGUACUCAGUCGCCAUGUUGAUCCUCGUUUACACAUACCAGUUCAGUAAUUUUCCUGGCUACUGGACCCGUCUCGGCAUCGAUGAAGCACUGCAAAUGGACAUUGGACUUGAAUCGUACAAAACGAAGGAGCUUUUCGUGCGCCUUCUCACUCCGACGUUUUUCGUGAUCGUUACAGUCCUGCAAAUCCAUUAUUUCCACGAAGAUUUCCUCGAAAUCACGAAUAUCGAGAGAACCGGAGUCGACCUGGUCUCGAGGCGCGGAAGUUUGGGCUACUCGAGCACCGUGCCCAUCGUUUCGACCAGCUCCGAGGAGGCGAUUCCCGCGGAUGGUGAAAAGAAAACUGUUAUUUAUACCCUGAAACAGUUGAAGCAUAUGUCGAAAAUGGAGCGAAUGGCACUGAUGAGGAAGACGAUCGAGAACGUGAAGAACUUUUACGACUGGAUUUGGCUGAUUCUUGAGAUUCACAUGCAGAAAAUAAUUUUCAUUUCUUUCAUCCUGCUGUGCAUCAAAGACGUCUGCGCCAUAAAUUUAUUCUUCGUCAUCGCGGUCGUGGUUGCGAUAAAUUUCCAGCGGAGCGUGCAAAUAACUUCGAUAAACGCGAUGGCUGGAAUUAUUGCGAUUCUGAUGGUAGCCAAAAUGCUCUAUCAGAUCGAGUACAUCGUUCACGAGAACUGGGACGUCAACUGCUCGAGAACGGACGCUAACGGGACGGAGAGUGUGACGACUUACAACGUCGCCAAAUGGAUCGGCAUGGACAAAGCGAGAACUGGAGAAUUGCCGUACUUGUUAAGGGGCUACAUCGGGAUGGUGACCGUGACGACGAUCCGCGCGAUCAUCGUAAUUCGACAGUGUUUCCAUCGCCACGAGAAAGGCGAACCCCUGGAAACGCCCCUGGUCAUGUUCCCGAAAAUCACGAGAGCCGACGCCGACAAAGGCAUUCCCGAGUGUCUCAAAUUUCUCUUCAAUUAUGGCUUUUAUAAAUUCGGAUUGGAAUUCUGCCUGAUGGGAAUCGUCGCCCUCAUCGGCACCAGACUCGACUUUUAUUCCGUCCUCUACGGUAUUUGGCUACUCGUACUUUUCUCCAUGAAGAGAACCACGACCGCGAGGGUCUGGCCGUUCUUUCGCAUCUUCGCCAUCGUCGUUCUCCCACUCCAGUACGCUUUUGUCGUCGCGCCCCCGACCUGGCUCUGCAUCAAUUAUCCGUGGAGCAUUCUGGACGAUUCGGGAUUGGACACACUUCGAAGAUUGCAGGAUUGGAUGUACUUUCCGGACCCCGAGUAUCCUCCGAGCCCGGAGAAGCUCAUCUGCGAUUUCAUUCUUCUCAUGAUGAUCGUUCGUCAGAGUUUGGUGUUCCGGAUCGAGGCCCGGAGUCGAGCGACCGGUGAAGAGUUUAUCGCCGGUCACAAUUUUUCCGUUUCUCAAGAAAUGGAGAAGCCGAACUUCGUGAACCCGGUGAAGGAUUACGUCUCGCUCGCCCAAUGCUGGCUCGACGUUUUCAAAAGAGGCUCCAUGAUGAGUUUCAUGUGGAUCACCCUCUCGAUCAUGUUCCUGGCUGGGACCAACAGAACCAACAUAUUUUCCCUCGGCUACUUGAUCGGGGCUUUCAUAUUCCUUUGGCAAGGAAGCGACUUUUAUCUCAGACCGAUAAAAACCAUUCUCAAGUGGUGGAAUUUCCUCAUCGGCUACAACGUCGUCGUCAUUUUCUCUAAAGCUAUCCUCCAGGGCGUUGGUUGCGUUUUGCUCAAGCAGAUGGAAACUUCGGUUUGCUGGUUGGUCCAGCUGCUGGGGAUAGCGUGUUUGAAAAAGUUCCAUACCUCCGGAACGAUUUUCGACGGGAAAGACAAUUACUGCGAAGUCCCGCGAGAGGACAUCGGGAUGGUUUGGGACGGUCUUUGCUUCGCGUGUCUCUUGGUCCAGAAGCGUCUCUUCAAGAGUUACUAUUUUUUCCACAUAGUGGACGAAACGAAGGCGAUGAGUAUAUUGGCGUCGCGAGGAGCGGAGCUGCUCCAAGAUCUGCACCGGAAGCGGAUCGAGUAUCAGGAGAACGUGGAAAAAGCGGUUUUGCAAAAGCUCAAGUUCAAGAUGGACAAAAUCAAGGCCGAUCAGCAGAGGAUUCAAGGGCCGAGUUACAGGGAGCCGGCGACCCACAAAAUCGAUACGCUCUAUCCGAGAGAUCGACCUCUGUACAAACAUCGUGUGCCAAAGACCAACAGAGAGGCUGUGAGAUCCGGCGACUAUUACAUGUUCGACGAUCUCGACGACGAUGACGUCACCGAUCAUCUCGUGCCUGACCUGGACGACAAACGCGAGGAAGACGAACGGCUUCGUCAGCAACAAGCGAAAGGACGGAGAAUGACCGUGGCCGAACUGAUGACAACAGUGUUAAAGACUGACAUAGAGAUAGCGACCCACGUCGCGAUGUACGGAGGAACGCAAAAGGACGCUCUUCGGCUUCGACGUCAGAGCGUGCCGCUGACCCGCAAGAAAUCAUCCAUGUCCUACCUGAGCGCACGUUCCGAAACCGACACUGCCGCGGCCACCGAUAUCCGAGACGCUGCCAGCCUCGACUCCGCCGAGGUCGAGGACGUCGAGCAAGAGCUGAAGACUGAAGACCUUGCCAAGACCCCCGCUGACUCGGUCCAAGGAGACGAACUCACCGAAGAUCCAACCAGAGCUUCGGGCGUCGACAAAGAUCGAGGAAAGGACCAAGACGAAGAGGACGACGAGGAGCCCGAAGGAGACCCGGACAAACAGAAAUCAGUCUCUCUUCUAACGUACCUGAAAUUCGUUCUCGUCAUCCUCAAUAGCACCAUGGUCUCCAUGACCAAAUACCUUAAUAGAUUCUCUAGAGACUACAGAUAUAUACGUAAAGUUCUUACCAAAGAAAAAAGAAUUCUCAAGGCCAAACCAGAUUUCCGGAUGGGAACGCGAUUGGGAAUAAAUCAAAUAUGGCAGCCGAUACCGGUGAUGAAGCAGAGAUUCAGUAGUUUAAAUGCUUGCUCUGAUAGAUCUGACAGCGAGGAAAGCACGGACGAGAGCUCCGGGAAUGGCCAACGGCCUGGUCCAUCGUCAAAAAGUACCAGGAGGAAGGAGAGCUCGCUGACAGUGCCACACAUCCGAAUACUGGCGCCGAGUUUGGAGCGAGGAUUGGACGUGUCCUCCUCCAGCUCGAUAUUUGGGCAAGCACAAGCUGAGCCCGAACCCGAGGACGAGGGCGAUACCUUGGAAGAGCUUUCCGAAGACGACCAACCGCCCAUCGUCCAGCUCGCAGCUUCCAUUUGGUUCGGGAUCCUCGCACAUUCUACUUUCAUGUGCUACUUCAUGGUUUUUCUUCAUCACGUGAAAAACGCCUCGGUCAUUUCCAUCCCGCUGCCCCUGAUGGUCUUCUGCUGGGGCUCUCUCACCAUCCCCAGGCCCUCGAAAACUUUCUGGGUCACCCUCAUCGCUUACACCGAAGUCAUCGUCAUCGUCAAAUGCAUCUUCCAAUUCGAAAUCAUCCUCUGGAACCAAAUGGCCUCGCCGAACCACCCUCUUUUCCCUCCGAGAAUUCUGGGCAUUGAGAAAAAACCGAAUUACGCGCUCUGGGACCUCUGGCUACUUCUCAUGAUUUUCUUCCACCGGUUCAUGUUGAAGUCUCUGGGCCAGUGGACAGCACCGGUCAAACCGAGGAAAAUCAUACCGACGAAUCUGACGAUGAGGACGAGGAACGAGGAUGGGCAAGGAGGCGGCGAGCCGGCCCGUUUCCACUGGCAAAAUGAGGAAACGAACAAUACAACGGAAACCGAGGGAACGAGCACGAAGCGUGAGAGCUCGAACGAGGGGGAGGAAAUCGAGGCGCCGAAGAACGAGGAAAUCACGGACUCGAACGAGAGGCUCGUCGUCGUCAAGACCACGGAAACGAGCCCUUGCGACAAAGACUUGAAAACAGCUGUCAACAUGAUAGCCUUGAAGUAUUGGGAACCCAUGAAAAUAUUUUUCGACAACAUCCUCAGCCCGGAAGGCAAAGAAAAAACGAACGUUUACGCCUACAUGUUUCUGUGCGACUUUUUCAACUUUAUUCUUUUGAUUUUUGGCUUCUCGGCUUUCGGAACUCAGCAAGGGGACGGUGGAGUGACAGCAUACUUGGCUGAAAAUCGGGUGCCGAUGCCCUUUUUGUUGAUGCUGUUGCUGCAGUUCGCCCUGAUAGUGAUCGAUCGCGCAUUAUUUUUGCGGAAAUCGAUAAUGGGGAAGCUCGUUUUUCAGUAUCUUCUAGUUUUCGGAGUUCACAUUUGCAUGUUCUUCAUUUUGCCCAGCGUCACAGAAAGGCGAUUCAACGAGAAACUGCCCCCCCAGAUCUGGUACAUGGUCAAAUGCUUCUACCUCCUCCUCGCCGCUUAUCAACUCCGUCUCGGAUAUCCUACCCGGAUAUUGGGAAAUUUCUUGUGCAAGAAUUACAGCAUCAUAAAUAUGUACCUCUUCAAGGGUUUCAUGGUCGUCCCGUUCCUCUUCGAACUUCGAGCCGUCAUGGAUUGGAUCUGGACCGACACUUCGAUGACGAUAAUGGACUGGUUCAAAAUGGAGGACAUUUUUGCGAGCAUCUACCAAAUAAGGUGCACUCGAGGCGUCGAAACCGAUUUCCCUCAGCCUCGGGGAGUGAAGAAAACUCAAGUCAGCAAAUACAUGGUCGGAGGAGGCGCACUCUUCCUCAUGAUCGCUCUGAUCUGGUUCCCCCUUCUGCUGUUCGCCCUCGGGGGCACCGUCGGCGACUCCAAUCCACCGACCGAAGUUUCCAUGAAAAUAAGAAUCGGCCCUUACGAACCGAUCUACGCCAUGUCCGCACAGACCAGCUCCAUCGUUCAAUACUCCGAGGCCGAUUUCCGAUCCUUCAAAGACAUUUAUGCUCGGGAUAAGGCCGCUGUGACCUUCUUGGAAAAUUAUGUUAACACCGACGUCACCGCCAUCACUCUCAGCGGCUCCUCGAGAAAACUUUGGGCCAUUUCGCCUCCGGACAGAGAAAGAUUGAGAAUGGAAUUGGAGUCGAACAGCACGGUGAUUGUGCACGUGGAAUGGACCGUGGCGAGAAAAACGGACGUGAAGGAUUUCAACGGAGUGAGCACGGAAGAGAGAGACAUUCCGUUGAAGGCCUGGGAGAACGGUCAGUUCAAUCCGGUGCGAAAGAGUCUCGCCGAUUUACUGUUGGCGAGCACCGACUCGAACUCGCCGAACGGCACGAUCGUAAUGAGAAACGCUUUUCCCAAGUUCCUCAAAGUAACGAGUCGCACGGUCGAGCCGGUUCGUCAGUUGAUGAAUUUGUACGGUCCAGAUCGCCUCGAUGACUCGGACACGGACCAUUUGUACAGAAACAUCAGCCUCCAUCUGUCGACCAACGCCGACUGUUGCGCUCACCAGCAGUGGUGGGUCGUGAAGGAAAACUGCGACGAUGUUUACGAGAAAAAACUGUUGAGCAAAGUGCCUCUCAACGACUGCAGAUACAUCAUGAUGUUCUUGUUCAACGACAAAGCUUUCCCAGAAGGUCUCAGCUUCAUCAGUGGCUUUGGGAUUCUGGGUCUCUACACAACGGGGGUGAUCGUGAUGAGCCAGUUGAUAAGGCGGAGCGUGAGUGAGAUGGCGCCGAAGAUAAUGUUCGACGACUUGCCCUACGUCGACCGAAUUCUGCGUCUCUGCCUCGACAUUUAUUUGGUUCGUGAGAGCGGAGAGCUGAGUUUGGAGGAGGAUCUUUUCGCGAAGCUCAUAUUCCUCUACAGAUCACCGGAAACGCUGAUAAGAUGGACGCGUCCGCCGGAGCCAGGCUCCAGUGGAAAUCCGGAGGAGGACGAGGACGACGACGAAGACGUCGUGGUUCGCCAGGGCGAGCAGAGAAACGCCUGAGAAAGGAAACUGCCACUCGCUGGAAAUUUUCCAAAGUUCCCUACGAUUUGAACUCAUUUCCGGCUCUUCGGAUGCUCCGAACGUGAAAAAAGCACGAACAAUCGGAAAAUAUGGCGGGUUUUUAAAACCGGAAAAACGCAUUUAUUUAGAAAAUAUUUGCCAGUUGAAAAAACGAGACGACGUCGCUCCGCGAAUAACGAGAAAAGCCAGAAGCUUUUUCUCCCUCACUGACAUUGCCGAAACGUUUUUUUUUCUACGUUUAUAUCGUUAUUUAUUCCAAUCGUGUUUUUUCUAUCGUCAUCAUCGUUCCGUUCGCUUUAAGGUUAUUACGUAAGUCAUGUUACCGCACAGUGGGUCCCCGAGACCCCUGAAUCGUCAAUGUCCUCGUUGGGCUAACAUUUUCAGACAAAAAAUCAAUAUUUUCGUGUCCGAAAGCGACAGAUAAGCUCGGACGGGAAAAUCCCUUCGAGUUUUUCAGGUCUCCCCGAGCGAAAUUUUUCCUCAGUCGCGAACGCUAUGAAUUUUAAAAUCGUACUUGAAUAAUACAUGGAAUAUUCAGCCCUUCGAUUUUGCAUCGAUAUUUGUACAUAUUUCAUUAACUCUCUUUUACUUUGUGUUCGAUUAUCGCAUUCUCCAGUGUGUGAGUAAAUACACAAAGUGUACGCUGAAUAAUAAAAUUUGAAAACUUUCAA